GUCACUCUACAACACACAGCGGAGUCUGCUCCAAUUCAAGCUAUUCUACUAACUCGGCUGUGCUUUAAAACAGUUGAAGAUGCGUUCACUGCCUUUUGUUUUAACCCUUUUGUCAUUAAUACCAUGCUCAGCGAGACCUCAGCAAUCUGCUCAGCUGCGUUCCAAGCGCUCCCAUUGCGCUGACUGGUAUCAUUAUUGCAGCUAUUGGAAAAGAUUGGGAUACUGUCAACCAGGCAGCUAUUACUACAACUCAAUGAGAACGUACUGCAAGUUCACAUGCGGCCUUUGUGGAGCGUGCAGGGAUCUAAAUCAUUAUUGCAGUUACUGGGGCAGUCAAGGAUACUGCCAACAAGGAAGCUCUUACUAUCAAUACAUGAUCACCAACUGCCCGGCCACAUGCAGCGUGUGUAACUGUUCGCCUGAUGCAGAUGCAUCCUGCUCGGACUGGAAAAGUUAUGGUUAUUGUAGCCCCAGCAGCUAUUACUACCAAUACAUGUUGCUUCAUUGUCAAACAACAUGCGGAUUUUGUGUCCAGCCAGCUACAACGGAGCCAGUCACUACAAAUCUUGUCACCACAGCCAACCCAAUAACUACCACUGCACCAGGCACCACCGCUGCACCAGGCACUACUGCUGCACCAGGUACCACUGCUGUACCGGGUACCACCGCUGCACCAGGUACCACUGUUGCACCAGGUACCACUGCUGCACCAGGUACCACUGCUGCACCAGGCACAACGGCUGCACCAGGCACCACCGCUGCACCAGGCACCACUGCUGCACCAGGUACCACCGCCGCACCAGGCACCACCGCUGCACCUGGUACUACCGCUGCACCUGGUACCACUGCUGCACCAGGCACCACCGCUGCACCUGGUACUACCGCUGCACCAGGUACCACUGCUGCACCAGGUACCACCGCUGCACCUGGUACCACCGCUACACCUGGUACCACCGCUGCACCUGGUACCACCGCUGCACCUGGUACCACCGCUACACCUGGUACCACUGCUGCACCUGGGACAACCGCUGCACCAGGUACCACUGCUGCACCAGGCACUACUUCUGCACCAGGUACCACUGCUGCCCCAGGCACAACUCCUGCACCAGGUACUACAGCUAGCCCUGUUACCACGGAGGAACCAAGCACCACGAAUAGUCCCUCAACAACUGACUCACCCAGCACUUCUGCAAAUCCUUCAACCACGAAUGCGCCGGUCACAACGGCUCUUCCGACUCCCCCUGAAAAUCCCUGUUUGAAGGGACACAACGACAGGCGUGCUCUGCACGGGACAGAUCCGCUUGUCUGGAAUAACACUUUGGUGCAACACGCUCAGGUUUGGGCGGAUCACUUAGCGGCUAACGCUGUCAUUGAACAUGAUCCAGACCGCAAUGGUGAAGGAGAAAACAUAGCCUUUUUUCAGGGACAUGACUCUGCUGAUUGUGCUGAUGCCUUGAUUGGAUGGUAUGACAAUGAGGAGCCAAAAUACGACUAUAACAAUCCUGGAUUUACAACCCAAACAGGUCACUUUACGCAGGUUGUGUGGAAAGCAACUACAUCCGUUGGAGUGGCGCAAACUUCAACCGGAUCAGGACAGUCAAAAAAAAUCUACAUUGUGGCUCGCUACUAUCCGACAGGAAACGUCAAUGGUUUCUUCCGUCAAAACGUGGGAAAUAAGCUAUCCCCCUGAAGGGCCUCAAAAAGGUCGCGAGCUCAGUGCAAUCAAUGGGGUGCGAUUCAGAGGAAGGAAAACAGAGUAGCUUAUUGAGGGGAAGAACUUAGAAUUUGGACAUCAAAAUCUCAUGGAAUUUGAAUAAUUAAGUAACCAAGGGAUAUGAAAAUAAAGAGAGCAUUUAGAUCACA